AUGAGACCCGGCCCGUUUCGCUUGGCUGCCUAUGUCUUGCGACAAAUGCAAAGAAUCAGGUCAGAUGAAGCCUUACCUCAGCUCGAUGCUCGACGAAACUCUUUGUGUAUGAAGCCGCUGAGGUGCUCACCUGUACGCUAUCGUGCAGUAUGUAUAGGCAAGAAUGGAAGGACAUUGUACAAAGAUGACGCAACAAGGACUUGCUCGCUCGUUGAGUGUUAUGACCAGGGGCGAGUUGCGCAGGUACACGGCAGGCCCAUGGCUGGCAAUGGUGUCGAAGCAGGACUUCAAGAAGUGGUACGUCGAGAGCACCGACGAAAUCGAGGCUAA